AUGGACACCGAUCGCAUGUUCUGCCAUGCCUGUGGCGGGGUUUGGCUUAAAGAUGGGAAUUUGGCGUGCCCGCAUUGUGCAUCUGAGUUCACAGAAAUAAAAUACCCUCCGAAGGUUCCCCACCACACAGUGCCGACAGCUCUUCAUCGCCUACACAUGCCAGCCCAUGGAGAGAUCACAACCCGUGGGAAGAAGAAGAGACAUAUGAACGGCAAGGCCCAAGCUUAUUCGGAGGUGGCUCCCCUCCAUACACAUCCCUGCGCACAUACAGAUCCCCCCGACGGGCGUUUCUCAUUUAGCAGUGCGACACUGGAUACCGGAAUGCCCUCCGGCCAGCGCAAUAACGGCCCGAACCCUAUGGUUCCGAUGAUGAUGCAAAGUUUCGACACAAUUUUACAAAGCUUGAUGGAGCCUAACCCUCGUGGAUACAGAGGAUUUGGAGAGGAUCCCUUUCAUCCUCAAUCUUCCACUUCUCCCGACUGGCUCGAGGAUGACCACCUUGCCGGCCAUCACCCAGGCCUAGGUCCCCGCAAUGCGGAUGCGCCGCAAUCGAUAAAUCGCAACCCAAUGACCAUCACGGAGUUUGUAUUCAGGAUUAUGGACGCCAUUCGCGCUGACAUUGGGGCACAAACUACGCGACGCGCUCGUGGGACUCGUGGCCCGGCAGGCCCCAAUCCUCUUUCCAUAUUGUCUGCCAUUCUCAACAUGGAUCGAAGUGGUGACGCAGUCUACUCACAGGAGGAGCUUGACCGUGUCAUUACGCAACUGGUUGAAAACACGGGAGGAGCCAGCACUGCGGCACCCCCAGCAUCUGACAAUGCCAUUCAGUCUUUGCCGAAGAAGAAGGUCGAUAGAGAGAUGAUGGGAGUCGAAGGAAAUGCAGAGUGUUCGAUAUGUAUGGAUAGCGUUGAACUCGGCACGGAAGUCACCGUGUUACCAUGCACACAUUGGUUUCAUUUCGCCUGCAUCGAGGCAUGGCUCACCCAACACAACACUUGCCCACACUGCCGGCGCGGUAUAGCCUCAAACAUAGGAAGUGGAGAUGGCACUUGUGAAAACCCACUUGUGAUUCAGGAUAGUCCUGAGCAGCCAACAUCUCGUCGACGUCGCAGUUCUGCUCUUACUACACGCAGCGGUCGGUCUUCUUUCUCUUCUAUGCAGAUUUCUCGGUCCCCUGAGCAAGCAACUAGUGGAUCUAGCACCCGACAGCCUAGCCGAAGCGAGGGUAGUGGCGGAGGAUUUGCCAAUUGGUUUGCCAAUCGAUUUGGGAGCAGCACAUGA